CCACUUUGAACGCUCCCUCUUCAUCUUCUCUGAUCUUUCCCCUGCUUUUGAUCCUUGGGCGUGGGGGAAACCACAAAAUGCUCCCAGAUGCCAUAAUCUUCGGCUCGCUGCUUCCUUUCUCUCUUCAUCGCCCUCAACCCUCCUUGUCCACGUGACAAUGGCUUCCUUCAAGGACCACGUCCUCAUCGCGUUUGCGCUUCUGGCCCGAUACGCCAUGGCCACGCCCAUUCCCAAGACCCUCUCCCAAGAUAUUGGUCAAUUGUCUUUCUCCGAACUUGCACAACAGACUCUGCGUCGCAUCCUAGACUUGGGCUUCACGCGUGGUAUCUUAUCAUCUCUCCUCGUCAUCGGAUGUUUGGUCUGCAUCUUGAUUUGCGUUCUUUGUGUCCUGGUGGCAUAUGUCGAACGUGGUAACUCAGACGGGGCAUGCUGCCAAGGACAGAAUCGAGUCGAGGCCCGCGUUACUCAAGCCCAUGAAAAGGCACUGCCAUCACCCUUACAACCUCUAGACGACCACCGAAUAUACCGUUAUAGUCUCUCCACUCCACCCUCUCCCUUGACUAAAAUCACCAUCCAUACUUCGUCUGUCCGAAAAGCCAAAACAACAAAAACUUCAUCACUACUGUCGAGUCCAGAGAUGACGAGUUCAGCUCCGCUUCGCUCUGCCUUGUCCAAGUCUCGUACUCGCUUUCAGCAUGCCCACUCUCUAUUUUUUGGCACUCGGAGGAGACAAAGCCCAUAUGGCAGCGCCAAAUCUGUCCGCUGGGCGGACGAAAUUCAGAUCUCGAUCAUUGCCAAAGUACAGAUCGCCGUUGAAGAAGAAGUAGAAGGAGAAGAAGAAGCUGCCGUUGGUGAUCGGAUUGAAUGCGAUGUCGGUACUGUCAGCAUCCACGAGGCGGACCCAUACGCACUGCCUGAUGCACAGCCGUGUUUGGCUGGACACCGUGAGGUUAUGGCCAAGUCUGGUUCAUGAUGGUGAACGGCACCUUUUUCUGGCUUUUUAAUGAAACAAUCCCACUGAGGUUUUGAUGACUAGUUAAGCAUUGCGGUAUCAAGACCCAGAGAUCCUUACUCUACUGAUACCUUAACGAUUGGCGCCUUAUGACUAUGCUUGGACAAUCUCCAGGCUUGGAGUUGGGGGGUUUGCAUGGGAUAUUUGUCAUGUCCACUGCCUGUUGCAGACCACUGUUGGCUAGGAUGCUAGAUUACGUAGCCAUCUGGUAGUUAAUGAUUCAUACGCACGCAAGGCUCUAAAUUCUCGCGAUGCAUACACAA